UAGUGCUAAGAAGGAGUUUGAGCCCAAUGGUGGUGCGCGGUCGGGAAGACCAGAGCAAUCUGGAGCUCUGGGGGGAGCUCUAUCGCGGGAACCUGUGGGAAAUGACGGCAGAAGGUGGGGUUGAGAAGGCACCCUGAGAAUUCUGGGAGAAGUUGGAACAGGAUGGGGGAGGAGGAGGAGGAGGAAACGGGCGAGGGUGUACGCGUGCGCAGGUGUGCAAGGAUUACGUCUUCCAAACCACCUGGGGUCUGGAGCAAAUGAGGAAACUGCAGCUCAAAAAUGAAGGUGGAUUGACUUACCCAAGGUCAAGCAACUACUGAAUGUUAGCAUCAGGAUUCUAACCCAGUACUCUCCUGCUGUAAGUCCAACACCGUCUCCACAUUACAAAAGAGAAAAUGAAGAAAGUAGGAUGGAAGCUUUUUCAUUUUUUUCUUGUUUGUAAAUUGCUUUGGAAGAGAUAGCUUGGGGUGACAGGAUUUGUUGGCACAGAGCUGAAGUGACUGGCAAAAGCAACUGGGCUUUUUAUUGGUGUUUUUGCUUAGGAAUCUGGGGAUUCCAACAUUAUGAAAUCUGGGUCUUUUAAAAAGGACUUUACUACAUAUGUCCCUCAGCUGCUAUCUCACCUACAAGGCUUGAUCUUGAUGCACUGGGAUAUGGACCAUCUUUAAUAUGCAAAGCAAAUGGAUAUUUUACCUAUUUCACAUGUGAAAACUUGACAUUCACUUGGAAACCAUAAAUGACUACAGUUUCUGUUAAGAGGAAAAAAUAUUUCUAGGAAUUAGUGAUUUUCUUGAUUCUUUUUAAUGCUAAUAAAAACAUUAUAUUAAAUAUAAUGUACAUAUUUAAUGGAAGCUUUAAAAACUUUCAGUUUGUUACUCAAUGAAUUUGUGCAAUGCAAACCAAGUCUUCAAUUCAGGGCCUUGUUUCCCUUUCCCCAGCUUUUCACACAUGUUUGUCAUUGGGCAGAUUUGGAAUCUUCCUGCAUUACAAUGAGAAGCUGGGGUUUAAAGGUUUUUAUGCUUCUCAGUUCCUGCAUUUGAUUGUGAAUGUCUAUAUCAUAUAUAACUGAACCAGUUCCAAGAGAUCUUUUUAUAGCUUGCUCAAGAAGAGGAUUGCCUGGUGCUCAGUUUGUAGGUCAUUUGUAUGUCUAAGAAGUCACCACAGUUCCUCCAAGAUGGUUGAGGUUUCUGGGUCCAUCCUUCUAAUUUUCAUGUUUCUUUAUUUUGAUCCCCUUGGUAGUGCACAAAUACCCAUUUUAGAAAUGCUAACUCCCUAUUAGGGAUAGGUUUUAAUUUUUCAUUGAAAGCCUUAACCAGAGAGAUGCUGCCUCUGAAGAAAAUGAUGUUUAUAUAUCCAGACCCCAAAAUUCCUACUCUCUAUGAACAAGAUAGAAUCUUGGGAGUGGAUGUCCCCUGGAAUCAAGAAACCAACCAAGGAGAACAGGAGUCUGACCUUGAGGCUUCUCGACAGCGCUUCAGGUUUUUUCGGUACCCAGAAGGGGCUGGACCUCUUGAGGCCCUGAGCCAACUUCAAGCACUGUGUCAUCAAUGGCUCAGGCCAGAAAUUCAUACAAAGGAGCAAAUCCUAGAGCUGCUGGUACUGGAACAAUUCCUGAAUAUCCUGCCUGGGGAAAUCAGGGCUUGGGUGAAAUCACAAAAUCCAAAGAAGACUGAGGAGGUGGUGGCAUUGGUAGAGGAUCUGGCCCACAUGCUAGAGGAAGGAGUUCUGCCUUCUGAGGCCUCUGCCCUUGUCCAGGAGGGGAUCCCUGAGGAGAGACAUGCUUCUAUGUUCCUGACAAGCAGGGCCCAGGAAGCAGUGACAUUCCAGGAUGUGACUGUAGACUUUUCCUGGGAAGAAUGGGGGCAACUGGACCCAGCUCAGUGGAAUAUGUACAGGGAUGUGAUGUUGGAGAACUAUCAGAACCUGAUCUCUCUGGGGCUUCCUGUUUCCAAACCAGACCUGAUCUCCCAACUGGAACAAGAGGAAGCACCAUGGGCUCUGAAGAGAGAAGCUGCCAAAAGUUCCUAUCAAGGUUGGGGAAGUAGACAUGAGACCAAGGAUUCAAAUUCAAAGCAAAAUAUAUCUGGUGAAAAAUCAUCCCAGGAAAAACUAACAAGGGAUUGUCCUGGGCAAUUGGCCAAGGAUUGGGAAUACGAUGGCAGAUUUGAGAGAAAACAGGAAGGGAACUUGGAGAGAAAAUCAAGGCAAGUACUAAUUAUCCACAAGAAAACCCCUAAUACUGUGAAAGAAAUUACACUGCAGAAAAUUUAUAGUCCGGGAUCAAUCCUUGUGACACAACAAACUGUGCCUGGGGGAAAGAGUUUCCAUAAACAUAGCACACGUGAAAAGACCCUCAAAAAGUUGUCUGACCUAAUUAAACGUAAUAGAAUUGCUUCAGGGAAAGAAUCUUGUAAAUAUGACAAAUGUACUAAAGCCUUCAGUUACCAACCAGAUAUUAUUGAGCAUCCUAGGAUUAAAGUACCUGCUGAAGAGAAAUCCUACACAUGUAAUGAAUAUGAAGAAGACUUUAAUCAAAGGGAAUACCUGAAUCAACAAGAGAAAAAGCAUAAUAAAGAGACCUCUAAUUAUAAUGAAUGUAGGAAUAUCUUCAGCCACAUGGAAUACCUUGCUAACCAGAAGACAAUUAAUAUCGUAGACAAACUCGAUAAAUACAGUGAAUGUGGGAAAACCUCUCAUGAUUCAUCUCUUACUAAACCUCAGAGGAUUUAUUCAAGAGGAAAACCUUAUAAAUGUGAUGAGUGUGUGAAAGCUUUCAGGAAAAAGUCAUCUCUUACUCAACAUCAGAGAAUUCAUAGUAGAAAAAAAAACCCAAACAUAUAACUCAUGUGGAAAAACCUUCCACCAGAAAACAAAU